AUGGAAAAACUCUUCAGGAACCGAGAUCUUAACGUUAGUGUGAGAACUGUUGAAAGCGAUGGGAAGGUAUUAUUCUACGCAAAAGAUGUGGCAGAAUCUCUGGGGUACUCAAACCCACAAAAGGCUGUCAGGGAUCAUGUAUGGGGAUUAAAUAAGGUAUUGUUGGGAAAUAUAUCGGGUGAACAAUUAUUCACCCGAAAACCGGAAACCAUUGGGGGAAAUAUGUCGGGUGAACAAUUGUUCACCCGAAAACCGGAAGUCAUUGGGGGAACAUUUGUUCACCCGAAACACCGUCAACAACAUACGGUUCUACUGUACGAACCAGGAGUGCUCCAGCUUAUAUUUAAAUCCAGACUUCCAAUAGCUGAGCACUUCCAGGCCUGGGUAUUCAGGGAAGUCCUCCCAUCUAUACGAAAAACUGGCACAUACAGUUUACCAGAUAAAGGGCACUCAGGUACAACCAAAUGAUCCUAUUAAAUGAAACAGACCUCCACCACACAGUCGUGAGUUACAUCAGGGACAACUACCCAGAGGCUGUGAUAAUACCCGGUCUAGGUGAGUAUCAGGAUACAUCAUCUAAGAGAUGUGAUGCUUGGAAGAAGGGAUACAAAGGUGGUCAGCCUGAUAUUAUUAUAGAGAAUCCUAUGGGAAAGUAUAAAGGAUUUGCUAUUGAAUUCAAGUCUCCUAAGGGCACUGGGGUUGCAAGUGAGAGGCAAGUAUUAUGGCUCCAGAAGCUUAUGGGAAUGGGAUACAUGGUAAUGAUUUCAGAUGACUUAGUAAAAACCUGUAUUAGAAUUAAUGAGUACUUCUCACUCACGAAAGCUGUAAGAAAAGCUGCAGUGAACAAAAUACAGUGCGCUGUAAGGUUGUACAGACCUAGGUUCAGUUCAGGUAAGUACUAGUCAGGUCAUCUCACCAGUAGAUUUUGAGAUACCUCACCAGUUAUCUCACAAGUAGAUUUAAGUUACCUCACCAGCAGAUUUAAGUUAUCCCACCAGUUAUCUCACCAGUAGAUUUAAGUUAUCUCACCAGUAGAUUUGAGACGUCUUACAAGUAAAUUUAAGUUAUCUCACAAGUAGACUCUAGAUGUCUCACAAGAUAAAACCCAGUUAAACCUAAGGUAUCUUACAAGUAGAAUGGAAGAUAAACCCGAGCAAACUCAAGUAGUAACAAGUGAAAAGAAGAAAGACCCAAAAAGAGUAGCUGCAGGAAAACGAUUAGCCGCAAUCAGUAAAAUAGCAAAGGAGAGGAAAAAGAAACUUGCAGAACCUGAGGAGUCAUCCAGCAAUAACAUGAUCGCAUAUGUAGGAGUGGUCAUCGCAUUGGUAUCCCUUGCUCUAGCAUUUAAUCAGCAUCAGAGGGAAACAAAGAAACCAGAACCUAAGUACAUCCCUGAAACUGUAGAAGUAACCAGGAAAGCUGAUGCGUCUAGGUUAGAUUCACUUGAAUGA